AUGAUAAAGGACCCUCUCUGGUCUACUGUACUGGGCUGGCUUCUUACUUGUUUGGGUUUUGUUGGCAAUAUCUUUAUCAUUUCACUUAUCAUCUCCAAGAAACCACUAAUCAAGCAAAAAACCAACUGGUUCCUCUUGUCGCUUUCUUUGGCUGAUCUUGGCGUCACUUUGAGCCUUUUCCCCAGUAAUUUCUUCUGCCUCCCAAACAAGUUCUGCCGUUACGUUUUAUUGGCCUCCUCCCAGUGGGCUUUCAUCACAACGUCAGUUAUAAACUUGUGCAUGUUCACUUUGGAUCGAUAUAUCGCGAUAACAAAGCCAUUCAAAUACUUACAUUUCACGUCGACAAACCGCGUCACGGUAUCACUGAUCUGCAUUGCCUGGAUUGUUCCUUUCACUUUCAAUUUCCUUCCAUUCACUUUCAUUUACAGUGAACAGAAAGUCAUCGCCUUGAAGUACUAUACUUACUUCAUGGUGGUGACCUUUGAAUUUGUUCCCACUAUCUUUCUCAUACUCGUCACCACACACAUGGUCUUUAUUGUUGUAAAACUUACUCGCGCAACGACAGUCGUGAUGGCUCAGCUCCAGUACAACCAACCAGCGACAGAAGGUGGCAGUGUCGCCCAGCUUCGGCAGGAAAACGGCAGAAGACUGACAUCCUUGUUGUUUAUCGUGUCUAUUGUGGUGUUCUUCCUGAUAUGCUACUCGGUAACGAUCGCUACGACCUGCUGUACGACUUUUAAGCUUUGCCAAUACUAUCCACUUGCGUUCUUGCUGCAAAAGAUACUUUUGUGCGCUAAUUCUGCGUUCAAUCCCUUUGCCUAUGGAUUCCUGAAGCAUGACAUCAAAAGAGAAGUCAAACGACUUCUGGGUACGGCCAGCCACGAUGGUUAG